AUAAAUGUACCACGGCGUCGGACUCCCAAUUCAAAGAUUUUAACGAUGUUCUUUUGCUGACAGUGGACGACACGGAGUUUAACGAAGCGCAAAAAAUAUUAGAGAAUGUCGAAAUACCAAGCAAGAAAGACGAAAGUGACAAAAACCGUUGCUUUGGAAAAAUUGGAAGAAAUAAAGUUACGCUCUUGAAAGUUCCAUACUUCGGCAAGACCGGCGCUUCGUCAGGUCAUGACGUUCUGGUUUAUGAAACAAUCCAAGAAGUUAAACCGAAAGCUAUUGUUAGUCUGGGAGUUUGCGAUGGUGUAAGGGAAGAAGAACAUUUCCUUGGUGAUGUCGUGGUGUCGUCACAAGUUUGCUUUCUUGAGCAACAGGAUGAUGGUUUGUCAAAUUUUGAUCGUACAACGUAUGACUGCAAUUUGGGAUUGGUGCAUUUGUUCGACCGUGGGAAAUUUGCGUGGGUUGGUCCUUGUGAAAAUGUGGUAGUUCCAAAA